AUGAAUAUUAUUCAUUGUGCUGCAACACGUAGAAGUGCAAUGGCAAACAAAAAGCUUAUCUAUCCAGCGGCAGAGCGGAAUAAAAAUCCAAUCCUCUCGGUCUUACAGCAAUACAUUCGUCGAGGGCCGAAUCAAAUUCUCUUGGAAAUUGCUUCCGGUACCGGCCAGCACGUGACACACUUUGCACCUUAUUUCCCUCACGUAACAUUCUACCCAUCGGAGCUCGAGGAUCGUCUUUUAGACAGUAUUUCCGCUUACAGCCAAGAGUUCCAAAAUAUCGCCAAUCCCACGAAAAUCGACAUUACCACGGAUUAUCACACUUGGCCUGGUAAUGUCUUUCAUGAAAAGAGCUUUGAUUACAUUUUCAAUGCGUGUCUCGUUCAUAUCGCACCGUUCAAAUGUGCGGAGGGCCUCUUCAAAAAUACUGGUCAGCUCUUAAAAACUAAUGGAAUAUUCUUUAUGUAUGGUCCCUAUGCUUUAAAUGGAUUACUGUAUCCGGAGAGUAAUAUUAACUUCGAUCAGAAUUUAAGAUCCCAAAAUCCCGAAUGGGGAAUUAGAGAUAUCACGGAAUUGAAAAAAUUGGGCAAUAUGAAUGGGAUUCAGCUGUUCGAAAUGAUCGAUAUGCCGCAAAAUAACAAAACUUUAGUUUGGCAGAAAGUCGACUGUUGAUAGUUAUUUUCAGUACGACGCUAAUCGUAAUUAUACGAUAUAAUACAGAAUAAAAUAUAUUAUAAGCAACGCAAAGUACAUUUAUACUUUACAGCUUUUCCAUGUAUAAAUCUGUUAUGAAAGUUAUUAAUAUUAAAUUUAUGUGCGCCACAACUCUUACC